UUACAAAAUAACUUCAAAUAUACGAAAAAACAAGCUAAAAAUAGAGAAAAUAAGGAAAAAAUAGGGAGGUGUUUUGAGGCGCGCAUCUCGACUGUCCUUUCCUAACCCUCGUGUGGACCAGCGGUGGACAAGAUGCCACAGUUCGUCAACGGCAAGAUCACGAAGUCCCAUCCUCCCGAUGAGUUCGAGACCUCCAUCGGGCAAACUCUGCUCGACCUGGAGAUGAACUCUGAGCUCAAGGCACAGCUCAGAGAACUCUCCAUCACUGGGGCCAAGCAGAUCGACGUCGGGGAUAAGAAGUGCAUCGCUAUCUUCGUGCCCGUCCCUCUGCUGCGUUCCUUCCAGCGUGUCCAGCAGAGAUUGGUGCGGGAGUUGGAGAAGAAAUUUAGCGGCAAACAUGUUGUUGUCAUUGCCCAGCGCCGCAUCCUAGCCAAGCCCACCAGGAAGAUGAAGAACCCCCCCAAGCAGAAGAGGCCUAGGAGCCGCACCCUGACCUGCGUGCACGACAACAUCCUGGAGGACUUGGUGUUCCCGGCGGAGAUCGUGGGCAAGCGGAUCAGGGUGAGGCUGGACGGAUCCCGGCUCAUCAAGGUCCAUCUCGACAAGGCUCAGCAGACCAACAUUGAACACAAGGUGGAAACUUUCGCUGCUGUGUACAAGAAGCUGACAGGCAAGGAGGUCAGCUUUGAGUUCCGGGACACUUAUUUGUAAAGGCUGUGAUGCCGCAAUGAAGGAAAUAAUGUGUGAUGGUGUU